AUGCUCCAUUUAAAAAAAAAAAAAAAAAAAAAAAAAAGGACGCUUCCACUCAAAACUACGCCUGGACUUUCCUUAUGGCCUCUUAGAUUGGCCAUGGCCUCGUUCCUGGCAAGCCUUGAUGGAACAAUUAUUGCUACGGCUCUACCCAGGAUUACCUCUGACUUCAGAGCUCAAUCGGAAAUGGCAUGGGUUGCUACCGCAUACUUGCUCACAUUCAACGCGUUUCAGCCUUUAUAUGGCAAGUUCAGUGAUAUCUUUGGUCGCAAGGCGAGCAUACUUUUUGCAACAGUAACCUUCAUGAUUGGCUCUGGUGGUGCGGGUGGCGCCAACAGUAUGACUAUGCUCAUUGUUUUCCGUGCCAUUCAAGGACUGGGUGGAUCAGGACUCCUUUCCAUUGUUCUGAUCAUUAUUUCGGACAUCUUUCCGCUAGAGGAGCGACCCAAGUAUCAGUCCAUCAUCUGGUCUGUUUUUGGUAUCUCCUCUGUCAUUGGUCCAUUAUUGGGCGGUGUAUUUGUCCAACAGACUACAUGGCGCUGGUGCUUCUUGAUCAAUCUGCCUCUCGGAGUGGUAACCGUCGCCGCAGUGGUACUAUUUUUGAAGUUGCCGUUCAAAGCGCAGCGGCUAAGAGAGCAACUGGCCCGUAUUGAUUACCUUGGUACUCUUUUAAUCAUUGUUGCGGUCAUCUGUUUACUCCUGCCUAUCACUUGGGGAGGCACGACUUACGACUGGGACUCGGCUGUGAUUAUUGUGUUAUUCUGCGUGGCCGUAAUCUUGAUCGCUAUCCUGUUGUGGAUUGAGAGUCGUGCCACGGAAGCUAUUAUCCCUCCUAGAUUGUUCCGUAAUAAGACAGUGUCUGUGUUGUUUGCAGUCAAUUUCUUAACAGGCAUGAGCUUCUUGGGUAUAAUCUUUUAUGCGCCACUUUACUUUCAGGUUGUGAAAGGAGUGAGCGCUACAAGGUCGGGGCUCCAUCUGCUACCCAUGGUUCUUGGCCUGGUGGUAGCAUCGAUUGGUUCGGGUGCGAUGUUAAACAAAGUGGGAGACUACCGUGUUUUUAUCUGGAUCGGGACCAUCUUGAUGUCAAUCGGUAUCGGACUCUGUAUGCUGUUAGACGCUGACUCCAACAUGGGAGAACAGAUUGGAUUUCUCUUGGUCGCUGGAUGUGGUAUCGGCUUGAUCCUACAGACAUGUAUGUUGGCGGCUCAAGCAGCGGUUGAAAAAAGGGACAUGGCAGUGGUGACCGCAAUGUGCGGGUUCUUCAACAGUAUUGGAGGAGGGAUUGGUAUUGCAAUAUGUUCAGCAUUGUUCAACAACCAUCUGAAAGAUAGCUUCAAGAAAUAUCCUGUGGAAAUACUACAAGUGAUUAAUGAGUAUCAUAUUACAGAGGCAAUCACAGCAGUUCAGCUUUUACCACCGGAAGUGAAGGGUUUAGUGAUGAAGGCAUGCGUGGAAUCAUUCCAAUUUAUUUAUAAAUGUUUGACGCCAAUUGCCUGUGCUGCCUUCAUAAUGUCAUUAUUUGUACGCAAGUUGAGGAUGCUGGACCCCUCUGAGAUCAUCAUGGGGGCUGCAUAG